AUAUAUUAUGACAAAUAAAUUUGUUUCUCAUUCAAUUUUAACUUCGAAAGAUGGAUUAGAAUUUUAGGAAGUGAAACGAAAUUAGCCAAUUUAAGUUCAAGAGAAAAAGCUAACCUUUAUGACUCUACCUGAAUAGAUUGUUGAAUAAGAAAAACUUGAUUAAUUACUUAGACCAGAGGUAACAAAAAUGUAAAGAAAAAAAUAAACAAAACCAAACAUAUAUGAGAAGACAAAACCAUUAACAGAUGAAGGUAUUGUAUAUUUAAAUAUUAAUUAGAUAAUCUUGAAUACGUUGAGGAGAGUGGUUUUAAAUAGGAAAUAUUUAAUGAAGAAGAUUUUGAUUUUUUUUAAUAUUAUGGUUAAUUAAGAGAAAUAGAGAAUAGAAAAAUAAAAAUAGAGAGAGAACAUAUAAAAUAAUUUAAAUAAAGAAGAUCAGAAUUAACAAUUGAUAGCACUCCUUAAAUUGUAGUAUAAAAGGAAUCAUAAACAUCUGAUAAAGUAUAUUCAGUGGGUUCAAUAAAAGUGGUAAAGUUGAAGAUUAAACCUCCUUAAUUUUUAGAAGAUUUGAAUAAUGAGAAUACUAAGGAAGAGAUAAUAAAUAAGGAUAAAGAUGAAAAUAAUAAUUAAACAAUAAAGAAUCCAAAUAUAAAGAAUUUUAAACCAUUAGUAAAUGAUGAUGAUGAUAAUAUUCCUGAACCUGUAAUAUAAAAGAAGGUAAAACUUGUAGAAUAUGAUUCAGAAUGAAAUAUUGUUUUUAUAAUAAUAAUAAUAUAUAUA